ACCGUACAGUACGCAGGCCGGGCUGCUGGAGCCGGGGAGCUAGCCAUCAACUUGCAGCUUGGUGCGUCCCGGCGGAGGAUGGGGUUACCAGGCACAGUGGGCCUUGUGCUGCUCGCUUCCACCCUGCUGGCAGCCAGCCUAGCGGAGGGACGCACAUUUUUGUCCCCUCAGUAUGCCUCUGAGUUCCUGAACCGUAGGCGCCGGGCAAAUUCAUUUCUGGAAGAAAGCAAAGGAGGGAACUUAGAAAGAGAAUGCAUAGAGGAGCUGUGUAAUAAAGAAGAAGCCAGAGAGAUUUUUGAAAAUGUACCUGAAACGGAAUUUUUUUACCCAAAAUAUUUAGCCUGCCUCGGUGCCCACAAGAGUGGCAUGCCUAGCAAGCUGAGUUAUUUGAAUUAUGAUGGCCCAGUAGAUCUGAGAUCAUGCGUCAAUGCCCUUCCAGAUCAGUGCACUCCCUUACCGUGUAAUAGGGAAGGAUACAAAGAAUGCAUAGAUGGGAAAGGAAACUUUACUUGUAUCUGUAAGCCGGGAUGGCAAGGGCCACUUUGUGAUAAAGAUAUCAAUGAAUGUGAGGACCUAGUGAAUAGAAAUGCAGGAUGUAACCAAAAAUGCCUCAACUUGCCUGGAAGUUACCGCUGUGGCUGUGAAGAUGGUUAUUACAUGCUUGCCAACAAACACACAUGCAAUGACAGAAAUGAGUGUGAAAUGUUCCCAACUAUCUGUGGGAGUGCCGUCUGCAAAAACACCCCGGGAAAGUAUGAGUGUGAGUGUGACAAUGGCUAUAGCUACAACACGUCCCUUAAAGCUUGUGAAGACAUUGAUGAAUGUGCUGACAAGUCGUGCAGUCAAGUCUGUGUUAAUAGCCCUGGAAGUUACAUGUGUUAUUGUGAUGGCAGAAGAAAAUAUAAGCUGGCCCAGGACCAGACCUCUUGUGAGAGUAUUCCUGUUUGUGUGCCACUUAAUCUCGAGACAAAUUACGAGCUGCUGUACCUGGCUGAGCAGUUUACAGGGAUACCAGUAGUUUAUUUGAGAUUCAAACUGCCUGAUGUUAGUCGCUUUUCAGCCGAAUUUGACUUCCGAACAUAUGACGGGGAGGGGGUCAUUUUAUACGCAGAGUCGGCUGAUAGCACAUCAUGGUUUUUGCUUGCUCUCCGUGAUGGAAAGAUUGAAAUUCAGUUCAAGAAUGAAUUGUGGACAAAAGUAACAACUGGUGGCAAGGCAAUCAAUAAUGGGGAGUGGCAUAUUAUAACCGUGGAAGAGCUGGAAAACAUCAUCAGUGUGAAAAUAGCAAAAGAAGCUGUAAUGAACAUCAAUAACCCAAGAAGCCUAUUCAAACCCGCAAAUGGUAUUUUGGAAACAAAAGUCUAUAUUGCAGGAUUACCCAGGAAAAUUGAAAAUAUUAUUAAACCGAUUAACCCUCGCUUAGAUGGUUGCAUACGUGGAUGGAACUUGAUGAACCAGGGAGCUUUGGGAGUAAAGGAGGUUAUUCAAGGAAAGCAAAGCAAACAUUGUUUAGUGUCUGUGGAAAGAGGUUCCUACUACCCCGGAGGUGGAGUGGCCCGUUUUUUUAUGAACUAUAACGAUUCAACAAAUGGAGAGUGGUUUGCAAAUAUCACCUUGAAUAUCAGAUCAUCAACUGGAAUUGGGGUCAUGUUUUCUCUGGUGAAUGGUGAGACUGUGCCUCUCGCCAUAGCUAUUGAAGAUCUAGCAUCUGACUUCCUACAGGGCAUUGUGGUUAGCAUACAUAGUGUCACUGUUGCACGACUGACAACUAAGAGAAUAUGUACAGACAAAAAUCUUCUAAUAAGUGUGAGCGUCACGAAAAGCUCCCUUGUGCUAACAGCAAAUUCCUACACUGACAUUACUUAUGCAAGCCAAGCGGAACUGGAGAAGCAACUCUCUGUCCUGGACCAAGCAAUGCGAGAGAAUCCUGAUACUUAUUUAGGAGGGAUUCCAGCAGAUAUCCCUGUGGCGGCUACCCCAGUCUCGGCUUACUACGUGGGCUGCAUGGAUGUGACUAUCAAUAACCAACUGAUGGAUCUGGACGGGGCCAUUUCUAAGCAGAACGAUAUCCGAUCACAUUCCUGUCCUCUGGUUUUAUAGUUCCCUGCCUCGUAUUUUAUACAUUUAGUAAGCACUACUGGGCAACCAAACUACAUUAUUAAUAUUAUUAUUAUUGUGUUGUGACUGAUGAGAUGUGCCUGUGCAUACAAUCUAUUUUUAAUAUGACGUGAAUUAGUGCCUAGACAAAGCAUAUGUCUAUAUUUUAGGCAUUAGGAAAAUUAUUCAUAAGCUGGUAUAAUAUUCUAGGAAAAGACCAUGUUUCGCCUUCAAUGCUAUUUUUUAAUUUUGUCCUUAAAACCCUUUUUAAAGAAAGCAACUCAUGUAAGCUCAUGAUUCCGAACCAGUAUUUGUUUAAGAGCCCCCACACAACAGAAAUCCCUAAUACACCAUUUUUAUAUGCUGAAAUCCAUCUGCAAAACAGUUCUUCUUUUUCUGCAUUAUUUGAAAUCCUAGCAGGGGAGGAGGAGCUAAAACAUUGAUGUUACAAAUUGUAACAAUUUCUCCACAGCUUACAGAUAGCAUGCAGGAACUACAUAUCCCACAAUGCAUCAAUGCACAUUUGAGAUUACUCGUGCAGGGAAUUGUGGGACUUGGAGGAUGCAAGCUGAGGACAGUGAACUACUGUUACAUUUUAUUUGAGUCUCAAUGUAGUCAGCCAGAUCAGCAGGGGAACACGGGGCUAUAUUAAGGGAACUGUUCCAAACUAUAUUAUUACAUUAAAAAUCAUGAAAAGGCUGCAUAUUUUUUUAAAUGAUUAUAUUGCAAAGUUGAGUUGUGUUUGGGUUUGAAUAACUACUUGAACUAUAACAGAAUAUGUCCACAACUGCUCACAAAUGGGGGAAUUUAUUUGAGUAAAGGUGGCCAUACACAGGCCAAUUCUAGCUGCCGAUAUCAGUUUUUUAGACCAAUUUGGCAGCUUAUCUGCCAGUCUAUGGGCACCAACGACGGGCCUGCCCAGCUGACAUCGGGGAGGUUUGAUGUUUCCAUUGGAUUGGUAACUGCAUCAGCUCGUUGAUGUGGUCCCCGAACCGAGGGCACCUAUACCCGCCAUCCUAAUUUGAUUUGAUCGAAUUAGACAUUUUUUCACACACUUGUAGGUGGGAAUAUCGGGAGAACAUCCGCUCGCUUGGUGAUCUCGCCAUGCUUGUGGAUCUUACCGUGAAUGGCCACCUUAAGACUGGACUCCACCAGGGAUGCCAUUUUCUUUCCACAAAACAAAUAUUGGGGGUAAUGCAAUAAAUGGCUUGCUACUUGCAUAGCAACCAUUCAUAAAAAGCAUUUACUGGUCAGCUGUUAAAACAUUUUAUUGGUUACUAUGGGCUACCGUGUGAAUGUUUAUUUGAUCUAUAAAUUCAAAGGGGUAAUGUAAUUGCAGGUUCAGCAUUCAUAAUUGGUCUAAUAACCCAUAGCGAUAGCAGCCUAUAAGCAGAUAGCAUUUAUUGAUUGGUUACUUGUUUAAAAGAAUAGUGUUCAAUACAAUCUGAGCAAAGCUCUCCUUUUAGUACUGAGGAUGUCUUGGCAUUGUGUAAAAUAACUUGGUUGUAUAAGAAACGCUGCAUUGGGCAGUUGGCUUUUUGCUCUGAAUGGCUACAGAGUGGGUCUAACGCCACCCGUGGUACAGUUGGUUACACACAAACCGACAAUAUAGGGGAAUAUAUAUAUAUACAGGUAUGGCAUCCGUUAUCUGGAAACCCGUUAUCCAGAAAGCUCCAAAUUACAGAAAGCCUUUGUCCCAUAGAGUCCAUUUUAAUCGAAUUAUUCAGAUUUUUUUUAAUUGAUUUCCUUUUUCUCUGUAAUAUAAGAUAUAAUUAAUCCUUAUUGGAGGCAAAACAAACCUAUUGGGUUUAAUUAAUUAUUGGUUUUGUAGUAUCAAUAAGGUAUGGGGAUCCAAAUUACAGAAAGACCCCUUAUCCAGAAUACCCUUGGUCCCGAGCAUUCGGGAAUAUAUGUAAAGCCUCUCAAACCUGAUACAUAUGGGGAUAGGGAAUGGACCCUACAUAUCCUACAUUCCAGUAGUUUUAUAAUUAUUUAUGACUGGUUCAAACUACUCUUCAGCUUGGAGUCUCUAUGAUACUAGUAUAAAUAUGGUGAUCUUUAAGAUUUUAUCACCUCAUUUUCUUGCAUUUCAAAUGGCCUUCAGCGCUCUGUAGAAGCUUGGAGUCAGUUUCAUAUGUAGCAUGGAAUUAAAAAAAUAAAAUAACAUUUUUUAUUUAAAAAAAUGUAUUAACAUUAUGAAUGAGGUGGUAUAGAAAGACAGUUAAUUCUGUGCUAUAUCAGGUAUGGAGGUUCCCUACAUGAAAUUCAAACCUGUUUGUAACAGAAAAAAAUAAACUUUUUUGUUUAA